AAAAUGAACGCCGCCCGGUGCACCACGUUAGCUUGUAGUGCUAGCUACAAGAGGAGCAGACAAGUCAUCAAAACGGGGGCACCGAUGUAUUCUGACUUUAUCUACCUCAGCGGUUAGCACCACGGCAGAAUAAAACGAUAAACUACAUUGAUGUUUUCAGCUAGUUUGUCCUACAGCCCAGUGUUUUUAAAGCAUGUGAUUUUUCUAAACGUCCAUGGAAACAGCUGACUAAGGUUUGACAGCUAUCCCACCAGAUUUCCAUUUCCACCAAUUAACCAGAGGAAGCGCUGCAGGAAAUUUACUUGGAUCAAGCCUUUUCCUGUGUCAACAGAUCACAAAUCAUCUGCUGAUGACCACAUCUGAAGCCUGUCCUGAGUUGUGAGUCAGUAGAGGAGAAGCUGGGCUGAUGACAAGCAUGACAUUGAGCCAAGCCACAGAUGCAUGCGCACUCAAAAGGCCCAACUGAGCGCCAUCCUCUCUGCUUCCCGGCUUUCAACCAGUCUCUCGGGGGGGGGAGGGGGGUGUCGACGGGGCGUAGCUAGUCCCCUGCACCCCCUAGUAGAACCUCACUGUGAAACUGGAGGUCUCUGAUGGAUCAGGGUAGUAGUGAGCAGAGUCCAGAGGAGCCGGAUGCAGGAGGUCGAGUGGAGUCGGAGGUCGGCAGGAGGGCAUCGGAGUCAGAGCACGGCUUGUCCAAAAUCACCCAUAAUGCCCUGGAGAACAUGGGAGCGUUGGGCCAUGGCCUGAAGCACUUCUUCCAGCCACAGCGCCGACGCUCCUCCGUUUCCCCACAUGACUCCGUCUCGUCCUGCACAGGCGCCCCUCCCUCCGAACCCACUGAUGUAGGGUCAGAAGUAGGGGACACUCCUGCCUCCUCGGCCCCCCCUUUGGAUUCUGACAACCCUGCUGCUUCCGCCCCUCCCGCAGCUCUGAGCCGUGUACUGCAGCAGAUCCGAGGUGCUCCACCAAUGAUGAAGCGAGGCACCAGCCUGCAGAGCCGCCGCAGCAAGGUGGGGGGCACUGGGGAUCCUCCCCAGAAAGGUAGCCCACAGAUUCACCGGCGCAGCACCCAUGAAGCCCUGCUGCAGGCGGGACGCCCACGCUCCUCCUCGACCACAGAUACACCCACCAGCCCGGCCCUUGCUGAUAUGCUGCUGACAUCUGGUUACCACUCAACUGAGGAGCCUGACAAGCUGGAUCGUUAUGAUGGCUCGGGCCCUGCCGUGUCACCCAAUGCCCUCUCCUGCGGUGCAGAUGGAUAUGAUGUAGUUGACAGUACCCCAGAUCCCCAGCGAACUAAGCAGGCCAUUGCCCAACUACAACAGAAGAUCCUCAAACUCACAGAACAAAUUAAAAUUGAACAAACUGCACGUGACGACAAUGUGGCUGAAUACCUGAAACUCGCUAAUAAUGCAGACAAACAGCAGAGUGCACGUAUCAAACAGGUGUUUGAGAAGAAGAACCAAAAGUCAGCUCAGACUAUCCAGCAACUGCAGAGGAAACUGGAGCAUUACCACCGGAAGCUCCGAGAGGUGGAGCACAACGGCAUCCCUCGACAGCCUAAAGAUGUUUUCCGAGACAUGCACCAGGGGCUGAAAGAUGUUGGAGCCAAGGUGACAGGUGGUCUCUCCAGCUUCUCUCAGGCCACUCACUCUGCAGCUGGGGCAGUCGUGUCUAAGCCAAGAGAAAUUGCCUCUCUCAUCCGCAACAAGUUUGGCAGUGCUGAUAACAUUGCAGCCCUUAAAGACUCCUUGGAUGAAACCCAGGGUGAUGAAGGUGUUGGUCCUGGGGGAACGAGGACCCUUGGGACAGGACAGUUGCAGUCCAGCCCAAAGUACGGCAGUGAUGAUGACUGUUCUAGCGCUACUUCAGGCUCUGCGGGAGCCAACAGCACGACUGGAGCCCCAGGAGGGCCUCCUAGCUCUAAGGGCAAUACCCUUGACCAUGCCCAGGCCUCAGGCUUUGAUGCUAUACUCCAUGAGAUCCAAGAGCUCCGGGAAAACCAAGGUCGACUGGAGGAGUCCUUUGAAAACUUGAAAGCCCACUAUCAGCGUGACUACACGAUGAUCAUGGAGGCCCUGCAGGAGGAACGAUACAGGUGUGAGCGUUUAGAAGAACAACUCAAUGACUUGACAGAACUGCACCAGAAUGAAAUUUUGAACUUGAAACAGGAACUAGCCAGUAUGGAGGAGAAGAUUGCUUACCAAUCUUACGAAAGAGCGAGGGACAUUCAGGAGGCGCUGGAGGCCUGUCAGACACGUAUCUCUAAGAUGGAGCUGCAGCAGCAGCAACAGCAGGUGGUGCAACUUGAGGGUCUGGAGAACGCCACAGCACGAACUCUACUCGGAAAACUAAUCAAUGUGCUGCUAGCUGUAAUGGCAGUCCUUUUGGUGUUUGUGUCCACGGUGGCUAACUGUGUUGUCCCCAUGAUGAAAACACGCAGCCGUACGCUUACUACUCUGCUCCUCUUCAUCCUCCUCGCCUUCCUCUGGAGGCACUGGGAUGCUAUUUCAGAGUAUCUGCAUCACUUUCUUCUGCACCCCAGAUGACCGGCUUGGAAAGGCUUAUUUAAAUGAUUAAGGGACAGAGGGUUUGGGGCUGACGUGUAAAGGGAGGACGUUAACCCGUACAGGGCAUACAGGGAGCUGAAUCUCAAUCGUCCUUCCUUUUCUUCCUCUUCAGGAGUCUCUCAAAACACUCAGGAGGAUUGCAUCAGAUGUUUUGUCACUUUAUCACUUUCUGAAAUGUGUUUUGAGAAGAAAAAAAGGAGAAGAAUGUGGAGAAAAGGCCGGAUGUUUGGUAUUUACUUGCUAUCUUUGGUGCAAUUGUGGCACAAGCACACACUGUAAGAAAGGUUGAAAGGGGCAUAGUUGAAGGAUGGGCUGAGAGAACUGCACACUUGAUUUCUCUCUUCGGAGUGAAUUUGUUUACAUGUGGAAAACUUUCCCACAGAAGAAAUUGUAAGUCUUAUUAGAGUUUUAUUUCUGAUUCAAGUGGUAUUGUUUUGAAGUCACUGAUAUUUUUAAUACAGCUGAUUGAUGGCUUUUUAAAAAUUUUCUUUUAACUGUAAUGAGCCAACACCGUUCUGCUGCUUAAGUUGUCCACUCUCUUUUUCUAAGUUAUCUCUCUGCGGGUCUUGGCAGUCUGCUCUUUCUUUCCCCUUUACUCACUCUUUUCAAAAUCUCAGCUUGUGUGACCAACUCUUCCUCUUUCUGCUCACUACACUUAAAUAAAUGGAUAAUGGGGUGCUUGCACAUCAGCUGCAUUGCUCUGGAAUCAGACUUGUCACUGGAUCAAAUAGUAGUGGGUUCUGGACUUUUUUCUUUUGGAUGUGUGAAGUCAAUAACACUGGUUCUGCCACAACCAGGUCUUUACUGUCAAGAACUGUCAGCUGGAGUUGCGACCCUGCCCUCUGGGCCAACUGGAUCGUGCUUUCCCUGGUGGCUUAUCCACUGCAGAAGAAUAAUCUAUGAACUGAAUUAACAUACUUGAAGAGCAGAGAAAAGUGCUCAAAGACUCAGUGCUUCCGUACUGUUUCUAUUAGUGACAAUGAAAUAGUAAUAGUUCUUAGUUGAUUUUUUAUUUUUUAAAGACAAAUAAAUUUGCUGUUUUAAAAGGU